CCAGCAUCAUUGCCGUGAGCUAUGAAGCCCGGGCGCACGGAGUCACCAGGAACAUGUGGGCUGACGAGGCCAAGAAGCUCUGCCCUGAGCUGCACGUGGCCCGGGUUCGAGAGGCCCAUGGCAAAGCUGACCUCACCCUUUACCGGGAGGCCAGUGUGGAGGUGAUUGAGGUGAUGUCUCGCUUUGCCGUGAUCGAGAGGGCCAGCAUUGACGAGGCCUAUAUGGACCUGACCAGCACUGUGCGGCAGAGACUCCGGGAGGCAGCUGAGCUGUGUCCUGAUCCCAGUCUGCUGAGGAGCACUUAUGUCGAGGGGUUUCCCCUGACAGCCUCUGGCCAGCAGGGGGAGCCAGAGGAGCAGACUCUGCAGGAUAAAGAGGAGAGACGCUGUCAGGGCCUCCAGCAGUGGCUGGCCACCCUGCCCUCCCCGCUGACUGUGGCCUGCCCCGAAGUCCAGCUGGCGGUGGGCGCUAUGAUUGUGGAGGAGAUGAGGGCUGCCGUGGAGAAGGAGACUGGUUUCCGCUGCUCGGCAGGAAUCUCACACAACAAGGUGUUGUCGAAACUUGCCUGUGGCCUGAACAAGCCGAACAGACAGACCAUCCUGCCCCUGGGGUCUGUGCCUCAGCUGUUCAGCACUCUGCCCAUCAGGAAAGUACGUCACCUGGGGGGGAAGCUGGGAGCCGCUGUUGCCGAGAGCCUGGAGGUGGAGCACAUGGGAGAGCUCACCCAGUUCACACAGGGGCACCUGGCCGAGCGCUUUGGGGAGAAGACGGGGCAGUGGCUUUACGACCUGUGCCGAGGGAUCGAGAUUGAGCCAGUGAAGCCCCGACAGCUGCCCAAAUCCAUUGGCUGCAGCAAGAACUUCCCAGGGAAGACUGCCCUGGUCACCCGAGAGCAGGUGCAGCAUUGGUUUCUGCAGCUGGCUUUUGAACUCGAGGAGCGACUGACCAAGGACAGAGAGAUGAACAACAGGGUUGCUCGGCUGCUGACAGUGGGAGUUCGCGUGAUGGGGGACCGCCGGGCCAGCAGCUUCUCCCGCUGCUGCGCGCUUGCGCGGUACGAGGCCGCAAAGAUCUCCAGCGACAGCUAUGCCCUCAUCAAGAGCCUCAACACAGCUGGCCCCCACCAGGCUGCAUGGAGUCCGGCUCUCACUCUGCUGCACCUGUCUGCCAGCAAGUUCUCCGAGCCGCCUGCAGCCUCGGCCGGGGGAAUCACCAGCUUCCUGAGCAGCGGUGCCGCAGAGACACAGACGCCCCCCAGCCCAAAGAGAGAGGCAGGACCCAAGCAGCCUGGUGCCAUCCAGUCCUUUUUUCAGAGGGCCUCUGUCAAGAAGAAGGAGGGCUGUGAAAUGUCAGCGCUGUCUUCCUCCUCAGACCUGACAUCUCUUCCUCCUUCUGAAAACCAUCCCCCCACUCCCUCACCGGCCAGGCCAUCGGUUGGCAUCUCUUUCUUUCACAGGAAGGCUCUAGAGGACGGAGGAAUGCGUCUCUCUGAAGACUUGCUGGAUCCGGCCAGACCAGUAGCCUGGGCACAGGCAGGGGUGGGUCUGAGGGAGGAACAGAGUUCUGGGGCAGAAAGCGCAGCAGGAACUGAUAGCAUAGCAAGCAGUGCAGAAACCCAAGAGAAAGCCGUGGAGCACAUUGGCCCCGGGGUCUCCCCUGACAGCGCCACUGCCCCUGGGGUCUCCCCUGACAGUACCACUGCCCCAGGGGUCUCCCCUGACAGUACCAAAGCCCCUGGGGUCUCCCCUGACAGUACUGAAGCCCCUGGGGUCUCCCCUGACAGUACUGAAGCCCCUGCCCUGCUGAGCGAUGUGGACCUGAUGAGGUGUGAGAAGUGCAGGGAGCAGGUGUUGGCCUGGGAGAUGCCAGAGCACAUGGACUACCACUUCGCCCUCGACCUCCAGGAGGCACUCUCCUCCAGCCCUCAGAUCUCCCCUCGGCCGCAGCACCCCCUCGGUAACCCUGGCCCCUCCUGCAGGGGCAAGAGCAGACCCCGGAGCCAGCCUGCUCCUCGCCCCAAGAGGCCGAAGUCUCAGGGCUCCAGCCACACCCUGGACUCCUUCUUCAAGAGGAGCUAGGCCGGCCAGCCCGCGGACGCGGAUGACCUCAGGCCGUGGGAGUCAGUGCCGAGAGUGCAGGUUCCAUUCCAGGGCACUCCAGGAAGCUGGAGCAUUUUCAAGCAAAAAAGCACAGAGAAGCAGUGACCAACAGAAGGCCGACUCGCUUCCUUUUCUUGUUUGAAUCAAAAGAUCAUGAUUGGAUAAAUCCAUAAUGGUCUGCCUUCAGCCGUGCUGAGUCAGUGUUCAAUUUUAACACUGUCAAAUGGCCCUGUAUAGUGUUUUGUACCUGUUUUGCCUUCUGAUUCUGAAGUUUAAAACAUGAUUUUCCUCAAGGGGGCAGUGUGGCCUCACUGGAGCUGACAUGACAUGAGUGUUGACUUCCCAUCUGCUUUUUGCAAUUAAGUACAUUUUUGCUUUUAUCAAGUGUUGCACAAAUGUAAUUUACCUUUCAAAAUGGCAAAAACUGCUUUUUAACAAUGGACACAUUUAUUUUUAAGUAGUAUGUAAAUUGAGGAAUAUACAAGAAGUGAGUGUUGAAUGAUCGAAUGAUCGAUUUUUAAGCAUGUUUACCCUAUUAAAAUCUAUUAUGCAGCUGC